AUCCUCAGAGAAGCUUGCGGAGGGCCAAGAAGGUGGAGCCGGACUGGGGAAAAACAUCGGCGAAGAAGAAGUGGCGCAAUUGCCGCAUACGCAGCGGAAAACAAAUAGUUGUGCAGCUGGAGAACACGCUUUAGUGAUAGAAAUAGAACAGCGUCUGCCUACAAUAAUGUACUCAGCUGGUGGCUGUCGCCGAAAGUGAUGGAAACGAAUUCCGUACAAACGGUCACGCUAACGAACAGUAUCAUCGGAGUGGGCAUUUUGUCUAUGCCGUUUUGUUUCCAGAAGUGUGGAAUCGUACUGUCGAUAGUGUUGCUACUGCUCAGCAGCUAUGUAACCCGGCUGGUCUGUAGUUACAUGGUAAAAUCGGCCAUCAUCUCGAGGAGGAAAAACUUUGAACAGAUCGCCUUUUACGCCUUUGGAUCGGGCGGUAAAUUGUUGGUGGAGCUAUGCGUCGUCGGAUACCUGCUGGGAACAUGUAUCGCCUACUUCGUGGUGGUCGGUGACCUUGGGCCACAGAUCACGGCCAAGAUACUGUCGCUGGAUGAAAGCAGCACGUUGCGAUCAUGGGUGAUGAUAGUGGUGACGAUCGUGUGCAUCAUCCCGCUGGGUAUGCUCCGGAAUGUGGACAGUCUUGCGUCGGUCUGUUCGGCCUCCCUGGGAUUCUACCUUUGUCUCGUGCUGAAAGUGAUAUCUGAGGCAAGCAACCAGUUUCAGCAAAAUGGUUGGUUCGAUCGAAUGGAUCUGUGGAAGUGGAGCGGUAUUCUUCAGUGUAUGCCCAUCUUCACGAUGGCCCUUUCGUGUCAGAUGCAAAUAUUCGAAGUGUACGCUACGAUGCCAACGACAUCGCUGGACAAGAUGGAUCGUGUCAUACGUCAGUCAACCAAUAUCUGCACUCUCAUCUACGUUGCGAUCGGUUUCUUCGGCUACGUCGCGUUCAAUGGGCACCGGUUUUCCGGUAACAUUCUGGUAGACUUUUCACCGUCCUUCGUUAGUGAUGUCAUCAAGAUUGGGUUUGUGCUGUCGGUUGCAUUCAGCUUCCCGCUGGCAAUUUUCCCGUGCCGGGUCAGUUUGUACUCGCUGCUCUACAAAAGGGCCUCUGACGCCCACUUGUACAUUCCUGAAUCAAAGUUCCGCCCCCUAACGGUCGCUAUCGUUGUGGUGUCUUUGAUAGUCGGACUCUUGAUACCAUCGAUCGAAGUGGUAAUCGGUUUGGUGGGCUCAACUAUCGGUGUGGCCAUUUGUUUGAUCAUUCCGGCAGCCUGCUACAUGACGAUUUGCAAGACAAAUAUCAACGAGAAGAAGGUCGCGCAGGUGAUGAUAGUGUUCGGUUUUCUCACAAUGGUACUGGGAACGUAUGCUAAUCUGCAGGCGAUCGAUGGUGGAGCGAGCGAGAAAAAGCACGAACUGUCCACCGCUAUCCCAUUGGAAUCUAUUUUUGAAAAGCUCGCUGUUCAACCCAAUGAGCAACUGACGAAAGGGACGAAUAAUGAUAAGCUUCCACAGCCGCAACCUCCUGAAAAGGACAACGAAAGGAUCAUACCAAAGAAUAAUAAAUCACAAGAGUUACCCAAGAGUAAGGUUGCGGAACCGAACGCACCGGUAGUGGAGAUUCCUCCGGAAGUACCGGUUCCGAAACCAGAACCAAAUUCCAAACCGGUUACCGAGCAGGUCCGUGUGGCCGUCGAUCAAGGUGCAAUAUUGCAAAAGGAACAAGCGAUCGCCGUUGAAGAGAAGCAAAAGAUUCAGAAUGAGAUCAGUGAGCUGAAAAAUACGAAGAAGGUGCUCGAGGAGGAAGUGAAAAAUAUCAAGGAAGAGCUGGUGAAGAAGAACCAGGAGUCGGAACAGCUGAAGAAGCUGGACCAGAUAAUGGAGAAAUUGGCGGUAGAAAGCAACGCCAAGCUGCCGCACGAGGAGGCUCAGCCGCCGCCACCACCGCUGGAAGUGGUAAAUGAGCCGCACAAGAAUCCCGAUCGUCCGAGUGAUCCGAUCGUUAAACUACUUACCGCCGGUGGUACCAAUAAAACCGUCCCGCUACCGGGGGCCAACGUAGGAGAUGGAAGCAAUUUUGUUUUACAGAAGGAACCGCCUACUAACCAGCAGAUGAACGAUGUCGACCGGUUACCGAUCGAAGGUGGCGGUGAAGGGGAACUACCGGUAGAUCUAAGAGCAGACGCAGCGACGGUACCACAAGCACCGAGUGGCAAUCUAUCGGAGACAGUUGUGAAUGCCGGCUCAAUAUCGGAAUCAAAGCAUGGUGCCCUAACAGAGGCUAAAAAGGACGAGAAGCAGGAAGCCGUAAUACCAGUGUUCCAAACCAAAGCGCAACACGAAGAGGUUAAGGAAAACGCAGCACCAUUGCCACCGUUACCGGUGGAAGUGAUUCCCGUAGAGGACAAGGUUGCAAAGGGUGAAACACCAGAGCGGAAAUCAAAAGAAAGCGAUGAUGGGGCCGCCGGCAAGCGUGAUUUGUUGGCUAUGCGCUUUAAGCGCGAAUCGGAAUUGCAGCUUAGGCAGACGGUGGAAGUAGACGAAAAUUGUCCCAAACCUAGCGCCACGAACUCGGGCAUCGUCACGGUUGAUGUAGAAAAGUGAUCUUACGAAUGCGAAGAAGGGAGAGACUGGUUUCGAUGAAAUCUCUAGACUGAAUAAACGUAUAUUUUUUUGUGGUUUUUGAUGUAUGUAUCGUCGGAAAUUU